CCGAAUCUCAUCAAAUAUCUUUUUCUUUUUCUUUUCUUUCCUCCACCAAUUCUUCUGUGGAAAAGUCUUUCACUGCAAGACUUUGCAGAUCAAAGUAAACCUCUUUCAGUCUUCUCUCCGAACUCAAUUUUCAGAUCAGGAGUGUCACUUUGGUUACUUCAUUUCAUUUUCAGUAUUUCCUUGUUUCCCACGAGCGAAUCAUGUCUGUAAUUGGAGAGGCUGCUUUAUCCGCUUUCUUUGGGAAGCUGUUUGACAACUUAACUUCCUAUGAUCUGCUGAAGUUCUUUCAGGAAGAGAAAGUCGAUGCUGACCUCAAGAGGUGGAGGACAACUUUGAUGAAGAUCCAUGCAGUUCUGGAUGACGCAGAAGAGAAGCAGAUAACAAACACGCUCGUGAAGAUCUGGUUGGAUGAGCUGGAAGACUUGGCCUAUGAUGUGGACGACAUCUUGGACGAGUUUGCUACUGAAGCUUUGCGACGCAAGUUGAACCCUGAACCCAGCACAAGUAAGGUACGGAAGAUCGUUGAUGCUUGUAUUGGUUCGAAUCGAAGUUUUGCUACCACAAUGCGGUCCAAGAUUGAAGAGAUUGAUACAAGACUGCAAAAUAUAGUGACUGAUAAGAAAGAUCUAGAGUUGAGAGAAAAUGCAGGCCUGGGAAGAGCUGGAGCAACAAGACCAAGGGUGCCCACCACUUCUUUGGUGAAUGAAGGUCGUACUCAUGGCAGAGAAGAAGAUAAAAAGGCUAUUGUCAAGUUGUUGUUAAGCGGUGAAUCGAGUAAUGCUCAGCUCUCUGUUAUUCCCAUACUUGGUAUGGGGGGAAUGGGUAAAACAACUCUUGCCCAACUAGUCUAUAAUGACAUUGAGGUGAGCCAUUAUUUUGAUUUGAAAGCAUGGGGCUGUGUUUCUGAAGAUUUUGACAUUGUAAGGGUGACAAGAGAAAUUCUACAAUCUUUCACUUCUGAAUCCUGCAACGAUAAUAAUUUAGAGUUACUGCAAGUCAAAUUGAAGGGGAAAUUAUCAGGCAAAAAGUUCUUACUCGUUUUGGAUGAUGUAUGGAAUGAAAACUAUAAUGAUUGGACUAGACUGCGUUGUCCAUUUGAAUUUGGGGCUCCAGGAAGUAAGAUAAUCAUCACAACUCGGAAUGAUCGUGUUUCAUCAAUAAUGGGCACUACUCAAGCUUACAAGUUGAACAAGUUGUCAGAUGAUGCUUGCUUGGUUGUAUUUAUCCAAAACACAUUGGGGACAGCAGAUUUUAGUGCGUAUCCCGAACUUCAAGAAUUUGGUCCUAAAAUUUUGGAAAGGUGUCAGGGAUUGCCUUUGGCAGCAAAAGCUCUUGGAGGCCUAUUACGUACUAUACAUUGUGAUGAGUGGAAAAAUGUGCUCAAUAACAAGGUAUGGGAUAUGUCAGAAGAAAAUAGUGAUGUUCUACCAACCCUUAGAUUGAGUUAUCUAUAUCUCCCUUCACAUUUAAAGAGAUGUUUUGCCUAUUGUUCACUAUUCCCAAAAGAUUAUGAAUUUGAGGAACAAGAACUAGUCUUGUUAUGGAUGGCGGAAGGUUUGGUUCAAGAAUUAGAAAAGCAUAAGCCAAUGGAAGAUCUUGGUGUUGAGUAUUUUCGUGAUUUAUAUAAGCGAUCACUUUUUCAACAAUCAAGUAGGAAUAAAUCACUCUUUGUCAUGCAUGACUUAAUCAAUGAUUUAGCUCAAUGGGCAGCGGGACAGUUGUGCUAUUGGUUGGAAGAUAAAUCAGGUGGUAAUAUGCAACCCAAGAUUUCUACAAAGGUACGUCAUUUCUCCUAUGCUCAUUGUGAAUAUGAUGGCAUCACAAAAUUUAAAGGCUUGACAAAAGAUAUGCGUUUACGGACCUUCCUACCGCUACCAACAAAGAACUUGAGCUACUUAACAAAUUAUGUUUCUAGUUGUCUAUUGCCACAGUUUAGAUGUUUAAGGGUAUUAUCUUUAUCUGGAUAUCGAAUUUUUGAGUUACCAAGUUCAAUCGGUGAUUUGAAACAUCUAAGAUACCUCAAUCUUUCUCAAACUUUGAUUAGAAGUUUACCAGAAUCUACAAGUUCUUUAUACAAUUUGCAAACACUAAUAUUGAAAUAUUGUUACUAUCUCACAAAGUUACCGGAGAAAAUUGGGAAUCUAGUCAAUCUUCGGCAUCUUGAUAUUGAAGGGGCCCAUUUAAUCAAAGAGAUGCCAAUGGGAAUAAAAGAAUUAAAAAACCUACAAACAUUGUCUGAUUUUGUUGUGGGGAAAGAUACUGCAUCAAAGAUAGGAGACUUGAUGAACUUGGAGUCUCUUAAGGGAACACUUUGCAUCUCACACUUGGAGAACGUGCUUGAAGUCGAGGAUGCAAGAAGGGCCAACUUACUUGGUAAGAAGAAUUUAAAUGUAUUAGUCAUGAAAUGGGAGUCCGAGCUUGAUCAAAGAGCUAGUCUAGAUAUUCUUGACAUGCUACAACCUUCGACAACGGUGAAAAAAAUUUCAAUUGAUGGCUAUGUUGGUGCAAAAUUCCCAACUUGGUUUGGACAUCCAUCAUUUUCUAAUAUGGUGCUCCUAAGGAUUGAGAGGUGCAGAAAAUGUACAUCUUUACCUGCAAUUGGACAAUUACCAUUGUUGAGAGUCCUUGUCCUUAUAGGAUUGUCUGCAGUGCAAACCAUUGGUCUUGAGUUUUAUGGGAAAGAUUGCCCAAAACCUUUUCCAUCCUUAGAGUCACUUCGCUUUGAUGAUAUGCAAGAAUGGAAAGAUUGGAUUCCAUGCAAAGUUGAGUAUGAAGAAUUCCCUCGGUUGCGUGAGCUUUCUAUUUCUAGAUGCCCUAAAUUGCAAGGAAAAUUGCCUCACCAUGUUCCAUUAUUGGAAAAAAUUUCUAUUAAUGGAUGUGAACAAUUGGACGUUUCAAUUCCAAACUUCCCAAAGCUUCAUGCAUUAGAAAUUAAGGGAUGUAAAGGGGUGGUGAGCAGAAGUACAGAUGAGUUAUGCUUUCCAAAGUCAACUAUUCUUUCUAUUCCAUACGUGAAAAGCUUGACGGAGGAGUUCAUGCAUGGGUUAACUAAGGUAGAAAAUCUAGAGAUAGAUAAUUGUAAGGAGCUAACAUCUUUGUGGCAGGAUGAAUUCAAAUCCCUUAUGAAGCUGAAUAUAAGAGAUUGCUCAAGCCUUGUCAACAUCAGCUUGACAUCUACUUUAAGGACACUAAAUAUUACAGGUUGUAGCGGUUUGAAAUCCUUGUCAAUCUCUAAUUGUACAUGUUUGGAAAAGGCAAGCAUUUGGAGAUGUAAUUCUUUGACGUUGAUUUCAAGAGGUCAGUUGCCUCAAAAUUUGAAAACGCUAAAUAUAAGUAAUUGUGAGAAUUUGCAGUUUUUGGCAGAUGAGGGAGAGGCUUCUUCUAAUUCUUCUUCUCUUCUUGAGGACUUGUUUAUUGUGGGCUGUCCAUCUCUAAAAUGCUUAUCAUCAAGUGGCGACCUACCUACCACACUUAAACGCCUUCAGAUUUCGUCAUGCAUAGAGCUCACAUCCUUAUCAUCAAAAAACGAGUUACCUACAGCUCUUAAAUACCUUUCUGUAUCCGACUGUCCAAAGAUGGAGUCAAUAGCGAACAACUUACCCAACAAUGCGUCUCUUGAACAGCUUCAAAUCAUAGAUUGUGCAAAGUUGAAAUCCUUACCGGUGGGCCUACACAAACUCUGCCACCUCAAUAAGAUAGAGAUAAGUAACUGCCCUAGUUUUGUUUCCUUCCCAGAUGGAGGGUUACUCCCCACCAGCUUGAGAGAGCUUUGGAUCUAUGGCUGUGAGAAACUGGAGGCCUGGCCCAACUGCAUGCCGAACCUCAAUUCUCUUCAUAUCUUCAAUUGUCCAAGCAUCAUAUACUUACCAGAAGAGGGUUACCCCACCAGUCUAACAUCACUCACAUUUGGCGGGGAGAAUAUCUGUAAGCAAGUAACUGUGUGGGGAUUGCACAGACUAACCUCUCUUACAUCACUCUGUAUUGAUGGUGGGAUUCCAGAUUGGCAGUCGUUUCCAGAUGAGCAAGAUGGGAAGCUGACGAUGACGCUUCCUUCCUCUCUUACCCACCUAUCGAUUUGGAGCAUUCCAAAUAUUGUAAUUCUAUCUUCUUUGGGCUUUCAAAAUCUCUCUGCUCUUGAACAAUUGGAAAUCGGAUAUUGCCCUAAACUCGCAUCUCUCCCAGAGAAGGGCCUACCUCCCUCGCUUCUGCAUCUUUAUAUUUACGAGUGUCCAUUGCUGAAACAACACUGCAAGAAAGGCGGGCGAGAGUGGUCCAAGAUAGCCAACGUCCCUUGCGUUAUGAUUGAUGAGGUGGAGGAGGAGCAGCAAUAAAAAAAUUGUAAAACAAAGAGCAAUAUUUACUCAUAAUAGUUACUCCUUCCUUCCAGUGUUGCAGCAGAGACUAGCUUCUGAACCGCUAAACGUUAUAUUGGAAUUUCAAAACACGGAGAGACUAGCUUUGGAACUGAUAAACCUUCUAUUGGAAUUUCAAAACGUGGAGGCUACAUGUUGUGUUCUGCGACAUGAUGAUCAGUAGAUGUGCACAAAAUGUCAUUUCAAAACAAAUAUUGUUCCUUGCAUAGAUUGAUCAAAGCAUUGUCACCUGCGCUGCAGAUGGCAGCAGCCACUCUUUGGGCUAUUUGGAAAUGCAGUAUUAUAGAGCCAAGCUCUUAAUUACUGCUACUCAAGGGAAGACUAUUGAUGCUACUCAAGCUCUUAAUUACUGCAAGCACAAGAUCAUGAUCUGUCAAGAAGCAAUGGCUGGGACUCAUUCCCUAAAUGUUGCUUUAAACCUCCUAUCUAUAAUUGCAAAUGAUUUGUUGAAUCUAAGAUCAAAUUGGGAACCAAAUUUCAGAUCUUAGUAGAAGUUAGUACAAAAAGGGAGAGUUGCUCGCCAGGUGCAAGCUUUGUUUGCAAAGAUCAAAUGAGGAACCAAAUUGUGGUACACUGUUAUAGUUGGUUGGCUAAAAAGAAAUCCAUAGUACUUUCUCAGAUAAUUCUUGAAAGCUCAACCCAUGCACUUAUUAAAGGUGUGGUAGCUGCAGUUGUACCUACUAGUAGCUCUGAGGUUUGCAGCCUUUGUUGUGCAAUGAAAAACACCAGGUUCGGAGAUUAAGCAAUUAAGGAAGACAUUGCUGAGCAGCGUUCAUGAUUUUCUAAACUCUGGGUUGAUCAAAUCCCAGGCAAAUCCUCACUAACGCUUGUUAGCUGGCCAAUUCUACAGCUUCCUCUUUUAUGCGGCCUGGUCCUCUUCUUGACCAGAAUUUAAGGCUUUCUCUCUGACUUAGCAUCCAUGUUGAAGAGAAAAUGAAUUUCUUGAUGUGGUGAAUCUUGUUUGAUUUGCUGAAUACCACUAAUAGAUGAUAUUGCAGAUUGUACCAGAAACCACCCUACCAGCAAAGUUGCAGAAUCAAUCAGAACCUUCUUAGACCAAUGUAAUUUAUUGGUUCUCCAAUGACUAAGAAGAAGAGCUGGUUCAACACAGUGAAGAGGUUCUUUAUAAGAGAGACAAACUCAAAACAAGAAAUGGAUAGGAGAAGGAAAUGGAUUUUUGGAGGGCUUAAGAUCAAAAGGUUAGCCUCGCUCACUGCACCAUCAUCAUUAAAUGAAAGAAAUCUAGGUGAGGCUGAGGAAGAGCAGAUCAAGCAUGCUCUUGCUGUGGCCCAUGCCAACAUUGCUGCUGCUGAAGCAGCUGUUACAACUGCUCUAGUUGCUGCUGAGAUUGUCUGGUUCACCAGCACCCCUCAAUAUAACCAUCAAUGUGUAAAUCAAGUGGAAGGUUCAGUCAUUAGAGUUCAAGGUGAAGCCCCUCAGUCCAACUAUCAAUGUGUGAGAGAAUCCAUGAAUUUGCAGCCAUUAGAAUUCAGUCUGCCUUUUGGGGUUACCUUUUGUGUUUAAAGCAAGGAAAGCUUUGCGGGAAAAGGAAUUAUGAGGCAGAGCUGUAAGAUGCCAAACCAUGACUACCCUAAAGCUCUUGCAGUCCAUUGUAAUUAUUCAGUCACAAGGCUGCACAAGAAUAUUUGGAAUGGUGGAAGGCACUUGGAAUUAUGUUGGAAGUGAACAAUCGCAGAAUUGGAAAGACAAUAUGACAAGGGUAUGUAAUGCAGCAAGAACUGGCUUCUUCUAUUGUGAACAACACAACUCCCAUAAAAAAAAUAUGUUUCUCAUUUCACCUGUGCUGCAGAUGGCAGCCACUCCUUGGGCUAUUUGGAAUGCAGUUUUAUAGAGCCAUGCUCGAAGGAAAGGCUGCCGAUCUUUCUCAAGCUCUUAAUUACGGCAGGCAUGUGGUCAUGAUCUGUCACAAAGCAAUGACUGGGAAUCAUUCCCUAAAUGUAGCUUUAAACCCCCCCUGUCUACAAUUGGAAACGAUUUGUUGAAUUUAAAAUCAAACAGGGAACCAAAUUUUGGAUCUCAGUAGAAGUACUACAAAAGGAAGAGUUGCUUGCUAGGUGCAAGCUUUGUUUGCAAAGAUCAAAUGAGGAACCAAAUUGUGAUACACUGUUAAAGUUGGUUGGCUAAAAGUAAAUCCGUAGUACUUUCUCAGACAAUUUGUGAAAGCUCAAUCCAUGCACUUAUUAAAGGUGUGGUAGCUGCAGUUGUACCUACUAGUCGCUCUGAGGAUUGCAGCCAUUAUUGUGCAAUGCAAAACACCUAGUUCGAAGGAUUUGAGCAGUUAGGAAGACAUUGCUGAGUGGCAUUAGUGAUUUUCUAAACGCUGGGUUGAUCAAAUCCCAGGAAAAUCCUCACUAAUGCUUGUUAGCAUGCCAAUUCUACAGCUUCCUCUUUUAUGCAGACUAGUCCUCUUCUUGACCAGAAUUUAAGACUUUCACUCUGACUUAGCAUCCAUGUCGAAGAGAAAAUAAAUUUCUUGAUGUGGUGAAUCUUGUUUGAUUUGCUGAAUACCAUUAAUAGAUGAUAUUGCAGAUUGUACCAGAAACCACCCUACCAGCAAAGUUGCAGAAUCAAUCAGAACCUUCUUAGACCAAUGUAAUUUAUUGGUUCUCCAAUGACUAAGAAGAAGAGCUGGUUCAACAUAGUGAAGAGGUUCUUUAUAAGAGAGACAAACUCAAAACAAGAAAUGGAUAGGAGAAGGAAAUGGAUUUUUGGAGGGCUCAAGAUCAAAAGGUUAGCCUCGCUCACUGCACCAUCAUCAUUAAAUGAAAGAAAUCUAGGUGAGGCUGAGGAAGAGCAGAUCAAGCAUGCUCUUGCUGUGGCCCAUGCCACCAUUGCUGCUGCUGAAGCAGCUGUUACAACUCCUCUAGUUGCUGCUGAGAUUGUCUGGUUCACCAGCACCCCUCAAUAUAACCAUCAAUGUGUAAAUGAAGUGGAAGGUUCAGUCAUUAGAGUUCAAGGCAAGGAAAGCUUUGCGGGGAAAAGGAAUUAUGAGGCAGAGCUGUAAGAUGCCAAACCAUAACUACCCUAAAGCUCUUGCAGUCCAUUGUAAUUAUUCAGUCACAAGGCUGCACAAGAAUAUUUGGAAUGGUGGAAGGCACUUGGAAUUAUGUUGGAAGUGAACAAUCGCAGAAUUGGAAAGACAAGACGACAAGGCCACUCUUUGGGCUAUUUGGAAUGCAGUUUUAUAGAGCCAUGCUCAAAGGAAAGGCUGCCGAUGUUUCUCAAGCUCUUAAUUACGGCAGGCAUGUGGUCAUGAUCUGUCACAAAGCAAUGACUGGGAAUCAUUCCCUAAAUGUAGCUUUAAACCCCUUGUCUACAAUUGGAAACGAUUUGUUGAAUUUAAAAUCAAACAGGGAACCAAAUUUUGGAUCUUAGUAGAAGUUACUACAAAUGGAAGAGUUGCUUGCUAGGUGCAAGCUUUGUUUGCAAAGAUGAAAUGAGGAACCAAAUUGUGAUACACUGUUAAAGUUGGUUGGCUAAAAGUAAAUCCGUAGUACUUUCUCAGACAAUUCGUGAAAGCUCAAUCCAUGCACUUAUUAAAGGUGUGGUAGCUGCAGUUGUACCUACUAGUCACUCUGAGGAUUGCAGCCAUUAUUGUGCAAUGCAAAACACCUAGUUCGAAGGAUUUGAGCAGUUAGGAAGACAUUGCUGAGUGGCAUUAGUGAUUUUCUAAAUGCUGGGUUGAUCAAAUCCCAGGAAAAUCCUCACUAAUGCUUGUUAGCAUGCCAAUUCUACAGCUUCCUCUUUUAUGCAGACUAGUCCUCUUCUUGACCAGAAUUUAAGGCUUUCACUCUGACUUAGCAUCCAUGUCGAAGAGAAAAUAAAUUUCUUGAUGUGGUGAAUCUUGUUUGAUUUGCUGAAUACCAUUAAUAGAUGAUAUUGCAGAUUGAAACCACCCUACCAGCGAAGUUGCAGAAUCAAUCAGAACCUUCUUAGACCAAUGUAAUUUAUUGUUUCUCCAAUGGCUAAGAAGAAGAGCAGGUUCAACAUAGUGCAGAGGUUCAUUAUAAGAGAGACAAACUCUAAACAAGAAAUGGAUUUUUGGAGGGCUUAAGAUCAAAAGAUUAGCCUCGCUCACUUCACCGUCAUCAUUAAAUGAAAGAACUCUUGGUGAGGCUGGGGAAGAGCAGAUCAAGCAUGCUCUUGCUGUGGCCCAUGCCACCACUGCUGCUGCUGAAGCAGCUGUUACGACUGUUCUAAUUGCUGUUGCAGUUGUCCAGUUCACCCCUCAAUAUAACCAUCAAUGUGUAAAUGAAGUGGAAGAGUUUUCAGUCAUUAGAGUUCAAGGUGAAGCCCGUCAGUCCAACCAUCACUGUGUGAGAGAAAUCCAUGAAUUUGCUGCCACUAGAAUUCAGUCUGCCUUUCAGGGUUACCUUGUGAGUUUAAAGGCAAGGAAAACUUUGUGGACUUAGAAGGGAAUUGUGAGGCAGAGCUGUAUGAUGCCAAACUAUAACUACCCUAAAGUUCUUCUAGUCCACUGUAAUUAUUCAGUCACAAGGCUGCGCAAGAAUAUUUGGAAUGGUGGAAGGCACUUAGAAUUAUGAUGGAAGUGAACAAUCGCAGAAUUGGAAAGACAAGAUAACAAGGAUAGACACAAGGAAUCAAAGAAGGUGGGAUGACAGUGUUUUGUCAAAGGAAGAGUCAGUUGCAUUGUUUAUGAGUAGGAAAGAGACCAUGCUUAAGAGAGAACGGAUAAAGGAGUAGUGGUUUAUCCAUCUGUAGUCAGCAGAUAUGGAUCAAAACUUAGUAAGUGGAAGAUGAAGGCAUUGGUUGGAUCAAUGGGUAGAUACACAAAUUACCCUAAGUAGAGAACUUGAAGAUUUGGACUAGACUUUGACUUCAAAUCGAAGACAAAGAGAGGACUCUAUGAAAGAAGGCAACUUAAGCUAAGAAAUAUUGAGGGAUAGAGUAAGUUGGAAGGAUUGAAUUCUCCAACAUUUGUUCCCAGAGUAUCAAUUCAUUAUAGGAGACCAUGCUCAUUGGGAGAUCAUAAUUCUUUGUCAAGCUCUCCUGUUGUUCCAACUUACAUGAAUGCAACUGAAUCUGCAAAGGAAAAGGCAAGAUCAAUGAGCUCGUGAAAAAUAAGGCCCAUGAAUUUUGAUACAUGCUUUGAAAGCUCUUCACCAUAUAAGAAUAAACUCAUAUCCUUUAUUACUAUUGAAGUGCCAAGUGGUGGUAGGAUUGGCAAGACUAGUGGUUUCUAGCAGAUCUCCAAGCUCAAAAGGCCUUCCAAGUCCUAUAAAAUCCAGUAGGAAGGUAAAGGAUCUCGGUUUUAACUCAAAGUGCUCAUUUCAGACUUUGGAUAGACAUGGCUUUAGAUAAUUUCAGAAGUUUGGUGCACGGAGAGAACUUGGUUAGUGUGUUAGGUUGGAGUGGAGAACAUAGUCUGUAAUUUAAUCUUGUUUGAAUAGUUAAACAAUGGUGUGCUAUUUAAUCUCAUCAUCAAAUGAGUAGCUCACUGUAAUGCUGCAUUGUAAUUUAAUCUAGUUGGAACUCUACUCUCCCUCCCUCCCUAUUGGCCAUGAAAGUGUAUUGAGGUUUGGGUUGCAUGAGAGACUUUUUUUUCUCUGUUCAAUACCAAUGGAUAAGUGUGUUUAACUUUAA